AUGGACACACCUAAUGCAAUUACUACAUAUCUAAAUGAAAUAGAUCUCCCCACAAUUCCAACAGAAUUAUCAAAACAAUUAGAAGACCCCAUCACUCAGCAAGAAGUGCUGGCGGUGAUUAAAAAUCUGCCAUCUCACAAAAGUCCUGGGCCAGAUGGAUUUUCCAACGCCUAUUAUAAGCAGUUUAAACAUAUCCUUGCACCACAUCUUACCACCAUGUUCCAAGCAAUAGAUGACAACACAAAGUGGCCUACACACGUCUUGGAGGCACAUAUAUCUGUUCUUCCAAAGCCAGGGAAAGACAACACGAGGGUGGAGAACUAUAGACCCAUCUCCCUACUUAACACUGAUAUUAAAAUAUACACGAAGGUGUUAGCCAACAGACUGAAUUCAGUACUCCCCAAGUUAAUACAUGUAGACCAAUCAGGGUUUGUCCCGGGUCGCGAGGAAAAGGAUAAUACCAUCAGAACCCUACACCUAAUUGAACAUGUGAACAGGACGGGGGAGCCCACAGUUCUUAUUUCAACAGAUGCUGAGAAAGCGUUUGAUCGCUUAGACUGGGGGUUCCUUAAAGCCUGUCUGUUCAGAUUUGGUUUUGACCACAAAAUGGUUGAGAGAAUUUUUAGUGUCUACAAUAGCCCUUCAGCAAGGUUUCAGUGUAAGUUUCUCCUUGCAGUCCCUAGUCCAGCUCCCGGACCAGCCCCAAGCCCAGCCCUCCUGUGCCGCGUGUGUGGAGACAGCAGCAGUGGGAAGCAUUAUGGCAUCUUUGCUUGCAAUGGCUGCAGUGGCUUCUUCAAGAGAAGUGUGCGCCGGAAACUCAUAUAUAGGUGCCAGGCGGGAACAGGAAUGUGUCCUGUGGAUAAAGCCCAUAGAAACCAAUGUCAGGCAUGCAGACUGAAGAAAUGCCUCCAGACUGGCAUGAACAAGGAUGCUGUCCAAAAUGAGCGUCAACCUCGUAGUACAGCUCAGAUCCGCCUAGACAGCAUUGAUCUGGAUACAGAUAGCCGUUCUGAGCAUCUUGCCACUACACUGGAGCCUCCUCCUCCAUGCCAACCAGUCAACAACAUCCGAGCCUCAGUGCCCAGCUCCAUUUCAGGAUCCCUCAGCCCACCACAUAACCACCGCUUUAUGGCCAGCCUAAUGACAGCAGAGACAUGCGCCAAGUUGGAACCAGAAGAAGCUGAGGAGAAUAUAGAUGUCACAACUAACGAGCCAGAACAGCCGCCAUCGGAAUUUCCCAUGUCUGGGUUCCCCAUAUCCUGCACAGAGGGGGUGUAUGAAACUUCUGCUAGACUUCUCUUCAUGGCAGUGAAAUGGGCAAAGAACCUUCCAGUCUUUGCCAAUCUUCCUUUUAGGGACCAGGUGAUUCUCCUGGAGGAAGCUUGGAGUGAGCUGUUUCUUCUGUGUGCUAUACAGUGGUCAAUGCCCCUAGACAGCUGUCCUCUUCUGUCUGUACCAGACCUAUCUGCCAAUGUGCAUGGAAAGUCUGUCUCCUCCAGUAUAGAUGUUCGAAUCCUCCAGGAAACUAUUAGUCGCUUUAAAUCUCUUAAUGUUGACCCCACAGAGUUUGCCUGUAUGAAGGCUGUUCUGCUCUUUAAGCCGGAGACCAGAGGACUAAAAGAUCCUGAACAAGUGGAAAAUUUACAGGACCAGUCCCAGAUGAUGCUGGCCCAACACACAAGGAGUCACUAUCCCACUCAGCCUGUCAGGUUUGGAAAGCUUCUGCUCCUCUCUCCAUCACUGCGGUUCAUCUCCUCUGAACGAAUUGAGCUUCUAUUCUUUCACCGAACUAUUGGGAACACUCCAAUGGAAAAGCUGCUUUGUGACAUGUUUAAGAACUAACCCUACAAUCAACUUUGGAGACAGUUUGGUGUUGUACUGCCAGAAGACUCUCUGAAUAAGUAGAUGCAGAAAUGUUUCAAAGCAUCUAUAGGUCACGGAUCUGCAGGCUGUCCAAUAUACUGAAGGCACAGUGCUGAGUUCAGGGCACCAAUGAGAUAAAUGGUAUGCACAGACAAUAACGCAACAAACCAUCAAUGCUGGGACAUUACCAAGUAUUAUGGUAAAACCAGAGAGAAAAUGGGAUUCUUCUCUAUUUACCUCACCAUCAUAAUUGAAAAGAACUUUACUAUAUUUCCAUAACGGAUGCAAUGUAACCACAAUGGAUUCACAAUUAUCCAUACAUCUACAUGGUCCAUGUGUGCUUCAAGGAUAAUGAGAGAUUGCAGUGCUGUUCAUAUUAUGAUUCCAAGACUAAAGCCAGGACAUUACAUAUAGUUGAUUUUCUGGUUAUAUUGUUUACAAAUGGAUUUUUUAAACCUUCUUACCUGUGCUUUUAACU